AUGUCAGCUUCAGUAGUUAAUAGUACUGCAGGACAAGCAGUAUUGAGAGGUGAUGGUAUCAGAGUGUACGGUAUGGAUGCAGAGUUGGAGUUGAAGGCGCAGUCAAAGCGUGAUCCAGCGUUUGAAAAGGAGUUGUCGCAGUGGAUCGAACAGGCAACCGGCUUGACAAUGGAGUUCCCAAACGAUUUGAUUGAAUCGCUGCGUAGUGGCAUUGUGUUGUGCACUCUCAUCAACGUUCUCAUUCCCGACACCAUCAAGAAGAUCAAUAUGCGACCGAUCGCGCUGAUGCAAGUGGAGAACAUCGGUCUCUACCUCAAGGCGUGUUGGAAGGUUGGAGUGCCGUCGUCCGAUCUGUUCGUAGUGAGUGAUCUCUAUUCGAGAAAAGGUGUGCCUGCAGUCCUGCAGAAUUUGGCAUCGAUUGCGCGACACUCCCACAAUUGCCCGGCGUAUAAGGGACCGACCUUUGGCGCCAAACCAAGUGGCGCCGCGCCCGCCAAGAAAUGGGAUGAAAUCAAAUUCAACGCACCCAUCAUGGUGUCCGACCUCGAGCGACAACAGAAUAUACCGGAGCCAGACAGCGGACUCUGUGGAAACUGUGGAACCAAAAAAGAUUGUUUCAGAUGUGAUCACAAGAGUGCUGGCGGUCCUGCUUCAUCAGCUUCGACAGCAACCACAACAACAACAGUUUCAUCUGUUAAUAAUGAGAAACAAGAUUUACAAAAUAGAUUCGAUAAAUUGAGUGGAUUGUUGAAGGAACAAGAAGAUAAGGUUGUACAGUUGAAUGGAAAGGUAGAUCAACAGAGAAGACAGCAGGAGCAAAAAGAAAAAGAGUUAAAUGAUUUAAUUGAAAAUCAAAAGAUUCAGUUGGAUCAAAAGCAAAGACAAAUUCUUACGAUGGAGGCACAAAAGACAUUGAAUACUACUGCUACACCACCGACUGCUACCACACCACCAGCAUCGAAAACACCAAACUUUAUUGCGUCACCACCACUAAACUCUGUUAGCAAACCAAGAAACAGUGGUCAUUUCAACCAACCUCUAUCGUUACCAUCGACAUCGAGCAAGCCAUCUCCAAACUGCUCGAAAUGCAACUUCCAAAAUGCUAGCACCUCUAAAUAUUGUAUUUCAUGUGGAUUUGAGCUGGCUAAACAAGUUGUACAACAACAACCAACACCUGUUGUUGUUGUUCAACAACCAACAACAACAGUGCAACCACCAAUUGGAUCAACUAAUAUCAGUACCAAUCCAGAGUAUCGUAGCUUGUUGAAAGACAAAGAGGAUUUAUCCGAGAAAGUCAAGUCAAUGUUGUCAUCCAUUAAGCAACAGGACGAUACUAUUGUGCGUUUGAAUCGUUCACUCAAUGAGGAGAGACAACAACACGAAAUGAGACUACGUGAACAAAAACAACAACUCGAACAACAACAACGACAACUACUCGACCAAAAGGAAAAGGAAUUCAAAUCGAAAUUCGCAAGCAAUCCAGUACAAAAUCAACAACCACCACGUUCGGUCUCGCCCACCAACAUCAAUACAACACCAACCGUUUCAGCCGGAUUAACAACCAAUUCCAACAGAUUCACUGUUCAAAUGAACACUGGACUGAGAUCUACUCAAGUCGGACCAGGAACCUAUAGAGAACGUUCCGACUCCAAUCCCAACUCUACAUCACCAACAAUACAAUCAACUAAAGUUGGUACAACUAUUUGGCCACCAAUUAACAUCAAUAACAAUAAUAAUAAUAAUAGUAAUAAUGUUAAUACCAAUAAUAAUAAUAAUCAACAACAAUCUUCUCGUAAGGAUCAAAUGGAGAUUGAAAGAUUGUUGCAGUUGGUAGAUCAGUUGGAGAAGAAGCUGGUUGAAGAAUCUGCUCGUUCCAAAGUCAAAGAUUCUACAAUUAAGCUGCUCGAAGACAAAGUAUCGACACUCCAAUCGAGACCAAGAAAGCAAACUGCACCGAGCAGUGCUGCUGCUCACCAGAAUCAUAUUGUCGUUGGAAGAAAGAGAUUCAAUACACUCACACCAGACACUCUCGACAAUCGUUUGGUCGAAGACACCUUCAAGUGUCUCUCCAACAUUCUCUUCUCGAAACCGAUCGAGUUCCACGAGGUUUCGUCAUUGAAUGCACUGUUCAAGACUGAACCAGGUAGACGUAGAUUCACUCAGAUGCUAAGAAUGACAUUGAAACAGGUGCCAAACAUCGUGCUCUCUGAGAACUCCUUUGAGUUCCUCUUGUAUCUCAUUAACACUACACUCCAAGAGAUGGACUUUAGUAAGGAGCACGACUUGAUUACAGCCAAGGUCAUAUUGAAUGCAUCGUCAUCGCUCUACCGUCUCACUCAGAACAACCAGCAAGAGUACAUCAAGGACUACAUCCGUAGCUCGCCCGUGUGGAAGAGCAUCAAGUUCUGGGAAGAUUACUUCUGGACUGAGUUGGCCAAGCGUCAUCGUAAGAGAUUCGAAAGUUCAAUUGAGGGUGUCGACAAGGAGAUCGUGUCGAAUCUACUCAGCUAUUUUGGUGUCAAUAUGAUUCAUUUCUCAUUGCCCAAUCAAGAGAUUCACAACUUCCUCGUAGAUAUGGCUCAAUCCAACGGACUCACUACCAAGGAAGUCAACUUGGUAUUGGAUUUCCUCAAAUCAAAUCCAAAGAAAUCCAAUGACACCACACCAUCAUCCACCUCCACCAGAGGAACAGGAGCUGACCACGUACUCUCUCCAACCAAUAAAAAAGAAAAGAAAUCCUUAUCUUUUCUUGGAAGGAAGUAA